GGACUGUUGACAUUCAGAGAUGUAGUCAUAGAAUUCUCUCUGGAGGAGUGGCAAUGCCUGGAUCACGCUCAGCAGAAUUUAUAUAGAGAUGUGAUGUUAGAGAACUAUAGAAACCUGGUCUCCCUGGGUAUUGCUGUCUCUAAGCCAGACUUGAUCACCUGUCUGGAGCAAAAUAAAGAGCCUUGGAAUAUAAAGAGAAAUGAGAUGGUAACCAAACACCCAGUUAUGUGUUCUCAUUUCACCCAAGACCUUCCACCAGAGCUAGGCAUAAAACAUUCACUCCAAAAAGUAAUACCAAGAAGAUAUGGAAAAUGUGGACAUGACAAUUUACAAGUAAAAAAACGUAAAAGCAUGGGUGAGUGUGAGGUGCAAAAAGGAGGUUAUAAUGAAGUUAACCAAUGUUUGUCAACUACCCAAAACAAAAUAUUUCAGACUCAUAAAUGUGUCAAAGUCUUCGGUAAAUUUUCAAAUUCCAAUAGACAUAAGACAAGACAUACUGGAAAGAAACAUUUCAAAUGUAAAAAUUAUGGCAAAUCAUUUUGCAUGGUUUCACAACUAAAUCAACAUCAGAUAAUUCAUACUAGGGAGAAUUCCUACCAAUGUGAAGAAUGCGGCAAACCCUUCAACUGCUCUUCAACCCUUUCUAAACAUAAAAGAAUUCAUACUGGAGAGAAACCCUACAGAUGUGAGGAAUGUGGCAAAGCUUUUACCUGGUCCUCAACCCUUACUAAACAUAGGAGAAUUCAUACUGGAGAAAAACCCUACACUUGUGAAGAAUGUGGCCAAGCCUUUAGCCGCUCCUCAACACUUGCUAACCACAAGAGAAUUCAUACUGGAGAGAAACCAUACACAUGUGAAGAAUGUGGCAAAGCCUUUAGCUUAUCCUCAUCCCUCACUUACCACAAGAGAAUUCAUACUGGAGAGAAACCCUACACAUGUGAAGAAUGUGGCAAAGCCUUUAACUGCUCCUCAACCCUUAAGAAACAUAAGAUAAUUCAUACUGGAGAGAAACCCUACAAAUGUAAAGAAUGUGGGAAAGCCUUUGCCUUCUCCUCAACUCUUAAUACUCAUAAGAGGAUUCAUACUGGAGAGGAACCCUACAAAUGUGAAGAAUGUGACAAAGCUUUUAAGUGGUCCUCAAGUCUUGCUAAUCAUAAGAGUAUGCAUACUGGAGAGAAACCCUACAAAUGUGAAUAAUGUGAUAAAGUCCAGCCUUCAGACCUUAUAAUACAUAAAAUAAUUUAUACUUGAAAAAAUCACUACAAGUGUAAAGAAUGUGGCCAAGCCUUUAACCAGUUCCAAACCUUUAUUGUACAUAAGAGAAUUCAUAUUGAACAAAAGUCUUAUAAAUGUAAAAAAAAGUAACAAAGCCUUUAACCAGCCCUCAAACCUUAAGGAACCUAAGAGAAUUUAUUUGAGAAAAAAAUUUUUUUGAGAUGAAGUCUCACUUUGUCACCCAGGCUGGAGUGCAGUGGCAUGAUCUCAGCUCACUGCAACCUCUGCCUCUUGGGUUCAAGCAAUUCUCCUGCCUCAGCCUCCUGAGUAGCUGGGAUUACAGGUGCAUGCAACCACACUGGCUGAUUUUGUAUUUUUAGUAGAGAUGGGGUUUCACCAUGUUGGCCAGGCUGGUCUUGAACUCCUGACUUCAAGUGAUCUAACUGCCUCUCAGCCUCCCAAAGCCUAAAAGAGUUUAUAUUAGAGAGACUCUAUGAAGGUAAAAAAUGUGACAAAGCCUUUAAGCACAUCUCAGGCCUUACACAAUAUCAGAUAAUUCAUUUUAGAGAGAAACCCUACAAAAACAAAAAUGUGGUUAAAAGCUUUAGCUUUUAACUAGUCUUGAACCCUUAUUCUACAUUAAGAAAAUUAAUACUGAAAA